AUGCAGUACGUGCCAUUGAGAUCCAACUAUAGAAUAGGCACUCGACAAAGUGAAUUAGCACUCGUUCAAACUGACAGUGUUAUUGAACAACUUCAUAAAUUCUAUCCAAGUAUUCAAUAUGAAGUCAUUAAAAUCAAAACAAUCGGAGAUAAAAAUCUAUUAGAUCCACUCGCACAUAUUGGUGAUAAGGGUUUAUUUACAAAAGAACUUGAAGUUGAACUUAACAAAAACACUAUUGACUUUGUUGUUCAUUCAUUGAAAGAUGUUCCAUCAACUGUUUUACCACCGAAUAUGGUGAUCGGUGCAAUACUUGAGCGCGCCGACCCACGCGAUGCUGUUGUUAUUGCACCAUGGCACAAUAAAACAUCUUUAAAUGAACUACCACAUGGCAGCGUUAUUGGCACGAGUUCAACACGUCGUAUUGCACAAUUGAAAUUAAAUUAUCCGCAAUUUGAGUAUAAAAAUAUACGUGGAAAUAUGAAUACGCGCUGGGAAAAAUUAAAUAACCGAGAACUUGGAUAUGAUGCUAUGAUUGCAGCUGUUGCCGGUUUACAACGUUUAAAAUGGACGAAUAGAAUAAGUGAAAUAAUUGAACCUGACCGAGUUCUUUAUGCUAUUGGACAAGGAGCUUUAGGAAUUGAAUGUCGACACAAUGAUACUGAUACGAUUCGCAUGUUAUCAGUACUCAAUCAUGAGCCAACAGUUGUUUGUUGUGUUGCAGAACGAGCUUUUCUCAAACGAAUUGGUGGUGGUUGCAGUAUACCUAAUGCUGUAUGCACAGUAUACAAUGAAAAAGAAUUAAAAAUUGAUGGUGUUUUACUGAAUCUUGAUGGUUCACGUUUUGUUAAAGAUCGUGUUGAAAAUCUUGACCUAACUAAACCAAUGGUAAUAACAAAAGGUGGUUCAUCAUUAUUUGUUUCAAGUACGGACAAUGAUUUUUUAUCACUGGAUGACGAUACACCACCAAUAGAUGGAUCUUCAAAUCCAAUGAAUUCCAACCAAUCACACAAUAAAUCAGAUAUAGAUUCUAUACGUAUUUUCAAUCCUUCAUCUUCUAUUCCACUAUCCGUCACAUCGACAGAAACCACAACAACAGAAGUUGCACCAUUACUGCGUCAUUACGCUCAUGUAUGUGGUGUGAAUAUAAAUGAAACAAUAUUAGAAAAUGCAGAAUUAUGUGGAACAAAUCUUGCUGUUAAACUCAUGCAAAUGGGCGCUGAUAGUAUAUUAGAAGAAAUUCAGCAACGAGUGACUACUAUUUCCAGUUAG